GUACUCCCCUCUGCUGGCCAAGCUGAGCUAGACACAAUUUCAGGCCAAGGAACAAGCGACAAACCUGCUGCUUAAUGACCAAUGAAAGGUGAAGGAAUGAAUAGCUCGGGGGGUGAGUGAGUGAAUAGCUCCGCGCUAGAAACACCCACCUUCCCAAGUCUGGACCGACGGAGAAGGAGCUGGGGAUAGUUUGCAAGUAUCUGGGGAAGUCAGUCACCUUUUCAGACGUAGUGAAAAGACGUCUUUUUUCGAAAGGUGUCCUGUGAACCCCCCACGCUGUGGAAAUUAUGCAGUUUUCGGGACUCUUCCCAGUCUUCUUGGUCACUCUGGCCACCAUUUUCAACAACCCAGCUCAGGGUCAAGUUUCAUCUCCACGGCGACUACGUUUUAAAGUGCUGGGUUCAGACAAAUUGCAUGUGUCUUGGAAGGAGCCAAGAGGAGAUUUUGAAAGCUAUAGAUUUAUUUAUAACACUGAACCAGGUGGAAAAGAACAGGAGCUGCAGGUUUCAAAAGGAGAAAAUAAAGCGGAGAUUGAAAACUUCAAUCCUGGGAAGGAGUACAGCAUAAAGGUCAUUGCUGUGAGUGGAACACAGAACAGUAAGCCACUGGAAGGCAAAUAUACAGCCCAGGCAGCUGUUCCAGAUGAUGACACUGCGAGUGCUCCUCUUCAGAAGCUGAAGGAUACCAGCGAGGACACCAAUGAGAUUUCAGAAGCGGAUCUGUUUAUCUGCAAGACUCCGGCGAUAGCGGACAUCGUGAUCCUGGUGGACGGAUCCUGGAGCAUCGGCAGGAUAAAUUUCCGUCUGGUCCGCACAUUUCUGGAAAACCUGGUGAGCGCUUUCAACGUGGGUUUCGACAGCACCCGGAUAGGGCUGGCUCAGUAUAGUGGGGAUCCCAGAAUCGAGUGGCACCUGAACGCCCACACCACCAAGGAAGCAGUGAUCGAGGCGGUGAAGAACCUGCCAUACAAAGGAGGAAACACACUUACAGGCCUUGCACUGAUGUAUAUUCAGGAGAACUGCUUCAGGGCUGAGUCUGGAUCUCGAGACGGUGUUCCCAAAAUCGGGAUUUUGAUCACGGACGGCAAGUCCCAGGAUGAUGUCAUCCCUCCAGCCCAAAGCCUUCGGGAGGCGGGCAUCGAACUGUUUGCUAUUGGCGUGAAGAACGCAGACGAAAACGAGCUGAGGGCCAUCGCCUCGCCGCCCGAAGACACGCACGUCUACAACGUGGCCGACUUCAGCAUCAUGAGCUCCAUCGUGGAGGGCCUGACCCGGACACUGUGUGAGCGCGUCGAGCAGCAGGACAAGGAGAUCAAAGGAGUGUCGGGCGCUCUGACAUCGCCUAGCGCACCCACGGACCUGGUGACAUCAGAGGUGACGGCGAGGAGCUUCCGUGUGUCCUGGACCCAGGCCCCCGGAGAGGUGCUGAAGUACCGGGUUGUGUUCUACCCGACCCGAGGGGGCCAGCCGGAUGAGGUGGUUGUGAGCGGGAGCGAGCACUCUGUGGUCCUGCCGUACCUGAACUCUCUGACGGAGUAUCAGAUCGCCGUGUUCGCCGUGUACAUCAGCGCGGCCAGCGAGGCGCUGAGAGGCAUCGAGACUACCUUGGCCCUGCCCAUGGUGAACGACCUAGAGCUGUACGACGUGUCCCACAGCACCAUGCGUGCUCGCUGGAAGGGCGUGGAGGGGGCCUCGGGGUACAUGAUCCUGUAUGCCCCGCUCACAGAGGCCGACGCUGCUGACGAGAAGGAGGUGAAAGUAGCAGAAACUGUGAACGAUGUGGAGCUGCAGGGGCUGACGCCAGACACAGAGUACACGGUGACCGUGUACGCCAUGUACGGAGAGGAAGCCAGCGAUCCCGUAACCAGUCAGGAGACCACACUUCCGCUGACUCCGCCACGCAACCUGCGCUUUUCCAAUGUGGACCACAGCUCUGCCCAGCUGACCUGGGACGCUGCCUCCAGGAAGGUCAGAGGUUACCGCAUCAUGUAUGUCAAAACUGAUGGGGAACAACCAAAAGAGAUUGAGGUGGGUCAGGUCACGACCCUCCAUCUUAGGAACCUGACAUCUCUGACUGAGUACACGGCAGCCAUCUUUGCUCUCUAUGCAGAGGGCCAGGCUGAGCCCCUCACUGACAGCUUCACCACCAAGAUGGUUCCAGAACCUCUGGACCUUAGGACCAGCGAGGUCUCCACGGAGAGCUUCCGGGUCAGUUGGAGGCACCCAGCCUCGGACGUGGUGCUGUACAGAGUAUCCUGGACCCCCAUGACCGGGGGUGACACUAAGGAGAUGCUUGUGAAUGGAAAACUCAACACCUUCCUGUUGACCAAUUUAAGACCACUCACUGAGUACGAAGUGUCACUCUCCGCCAUCUUCAGAGACGAAACUGAGAGCGAUGCUGUGGCUGUUCUGGAAACUACAGUGGAAAGAACAACGACUUUGGCCACCACUACUACAGCUCCUGCAGUGGUGCGAGUGGGAGUGAGGAACAUGCAGAUCAGCGAUCAGACCACCUUCAGCAUGCAGGUAUCCUGGGAGCUGCAGGAUCCGAAGGUGCGUCAGUACCGAGUGACUUACAUCAGCGCUAGGGGUGACCGCGCGGAGGAAACGGUCCUGGUGCCCAGCCCCAAGAACAGCCUCCUCCUGCAGCCCCUGCUCUCAGACACGGAGUACAAGGUGACCGUCACGCCCAUCUCCACCAACGGGGAGGGCCUCAGCACCUCCCGCAUGGGCAGAACCUUGCCCCUCUCUGCUCCCCGAAAUCUGAGGGUGUCUGAGGAAUGGUACAACCGUUUCCGUAUAACCUGGGACACCCCCCCAUCACCAACCAUGGGCUACAGGAUUGUCUAUCAGCCAAUCUCCGCACCAGGACCUGCCCUGGAGACCUUCGUGGGCGAAGAUGUCAACACCAUGCUGAUCCUGAACCUGCUGAGUGGGACGGAGUACAGUGUCAAGGUCAUCGCCUCCUACACCACGGGCUCCAGCGAGGCGCUGUCCGGGAAGGCCAAGACACUAUACCUGGGAGUGACCAACCUGAACACAUACCAGGUGCGCAUGACGAGCAUGUGUGGCCAGUGGCAGCCUCACCGGCAUGCCACCGUCUACCGCGUGGUCAUCGAGUCUCUGCUCAAUGGACAAAAACAGGAAGCAAAUCUUGGAGGGGGAGCUUCGAGACAUUGCUUCUAUAACCUGUCACCCAACACCCAGUACAAAAUCAGCGUGUACGCCCAGCUUCAGGAAACAGAAGGACCAGCAGUUGUCAUCAUGGACAAAACAUUUCCUGUUCCAACUGAACCCCCGACUGCACCCCCGACGACCACCCCCCUACCCACCAUUCCUCAGCCCCGGGAAGUUUGUAAAGCAGCCAAGGCUGACCUGGUCUUUCUGGUGGAUGGCUCCUGGAGCAUCGGCGAUGAGAACUUCCACAAAAUCAUCCGGUUCCUGUACAGCACGACGGGGGCCCUGGAUCAGAUUGGCCCAGAUGGGACCCAGGUGGCCAUCGCUCAGUUCAGUGAUGACGCCAGAACAGAGUUCAGACUCAACUCUUACAAUGACAAGGAGACCCUGCUGGAGGCCAUCCAACGCAUACAGUACAAGGGAGGAAACACCAAAACAGGACGAGCAAUCAAACAUGUGAAAGACUUCAUCUUCACCGUGGAGGGGGGCAUGAGGAGGGGCAUCCCCAAAGUGCUGGUGGUGCUGACAGAUGGCCGGUCUCAAGAUGAUGUCAAUAAGGUUUCCAAGGAGAUGCAAAUGGAAGGCUACAUCGUGUUUGCGAUCGGAUUCGCCGACGCCGACUACGGGGAGUUGGUGAGCAUCGCCAGCAGGCCCAGUGAGAGACACGUGUUCUUCGUCGACGAUUUGGACGCCUUCAGGAAGAUUGAGGAGCAGUUGGUGACCUUCGUGUGUGAAGCUGCCUCAGCAACUUGUCCUUCUGUCCAGAUGAGUGGAAGCACUUUAGCAGGCUUCAGGAUGAUGGAGAUGUUCGGGUUGGUCGGUGGCCAGUAUGCAAGUGUAGAGGGAGUGUCCAUGGAGCCCGGGACAUUCAACAGUUUCCCCAGCUAUCGGCUACACAAGGAUGCCCUCAUCUCCCAGCCCACAAAGUACCUGCACCCUGAAGGCCUGCCAUCAGACUACACCAUCACCGUGCUGUUCCGCCUGCUUCCAGAAACUCCUCAAGAGCCAUUUGCAUUAUGGGAAGUCCUUAACAAAGACAACGAACCCCUGGUGGGCCUUAUCCUGGACAAUAGUGGGAAAACCCUCACCUUCUUCAACUACGACUACAAGUCAGAGUUCCAGACAGUGACCUUUGAGGGGCCAGAGAUCAAAAAGCUCUUCCACGGAAGUUUUCACAAGCUCCACAUGGCCAUCAGCAAGACCUCCGCCCGGGCCGUGAUUGACUGCAAGAUGGUGGGGGAGAAGCCCAUCAACGCGGCAGGCAACAUCACCAUGGACGGGCUGGAGGUCUUGGGCAGGAUGGUGCGCUCCCGGGGGAAGAAGGAGAACUCAGCGCCGUUUCAGCUCCAGAUGUUCGACAUUGUCUGCAGCACCUCCUGGGCUAGCCGAGACAAAUGCUGUGAGCUGCCAAGCCUGCGAGUGGAAGCUGACUGCCCUGCUAUGCCCAAAGCAUGCACCUGCACCCAGGACAGCAAAGGCCCACCUGGCCCUUCAGGAAUCCCAGGUGGCCCAGGAAUCAGAGGUGCAAGAGGGGACCGAGGGGAACCAGGCCAUGUGGGACCCCAGGGCCCAGCAGGAGACAUUGGUGCACCAGGACCCCAGGGCUCACCUGGCCCCCAGGGGCCCAGUGGACUGUCCAUUCAGGGGCCGCCGGGAGGACCUGGGGAGAAAGGGGACAAGGGUGAAACUGGCCCUGCCGGACUGCAGGGUGUCCCUGGUCCCGGGGGGUCACCAGGCCGAGAUGGACCUGCAGGACAGAGGGGGCUGCCAGGGAAGGAUGGCCCUCAGGGACGGCAAGGUCCAUCAGGAACCAUUGGCUCCCCUGGAGCUCCCGGAUCACCAGGGUUGACCGGACCCCCGGGGUCCCUGGGUAAUCCAGGCCCGCCGGGCCCUCCUGGUACCAGAGGCGACAAGGGUGAACGAGGUGACACACAAUCCCAAUCUACCGUCCAAGAAAUCGCCCGUCAAGUCUGUGAACAGCUGAUUCAGAGUCACUUGUCUCGCUACAACUCCAUCCUCACCCAUGUCCCUGUUCGGCAAGCCGUGGUGCGCUCAGCCCCUGGGCCCCCAGGGGAGCCGGGGCGGCAGGGCCCUGCGGGGCCACAGGGAGAGCAGGGGCCAUCAGGCCGGCCAGGGUUCCCCGGGAGCAAUGGAGAGAACGGCCAGCCAGGAGAGAGAGGGUUCCCGGGAGAGAAGGGGGAAAAGGGGAGUCCUGGUGUGGGCAUCCAGGGCCCCAGAGGCCCUUCUGGGCCCCCAGGUCCACCGGGCGAGGGGCGAACAGGGAACCAGGGGCAACCGGGCAGGCCAGGCAACUCAGGCACUCCAGGCCGGCCUGGCAUCCCUGGCCCCACCGGCCCUGCGGGGUCCCCUGGGUACUGCGACCAGAGCUCCUGCAUGGGUUUCAACGUCGGAGGUGGAAAUGGUGGUGGCUCAACUGAUCAAGAUGUUCCCUUAGUACAAUCGCCUCAAAACCCCUACCAACCGUACAACCCUGCCGAAAACGAGGAUGAGGAGGAAGAUCCUUAUGACCCUUACCGCGUGUACCCGCCCGAGUACUACCAGCCCAACUACCCCGCCCCCCGCCCCGUCCAGCCAGACGAUGGCAGUGUGGAGCUGAGGUCACCAGGAAUCCACCGUGUAAGCAGAAGCCUGUCUACAAAGAGGAGAGGCUCUGCCCAAAAAAGGGAGGGGCGACGAAACAAACGCACAUCAGGGACACUCGACUAAACGGACUAAAGCAUGCUCACACAGCUAAGUAGGAGUCAAUAAAACAUUUGUUCUUGGAGGAACCAAACGGGUGUGCUAUCAGAGGCAAAUCCAAAAAAGUGCCUGAUGUUUUGU